UUGGGAAAAACAUGCUUUAAGAAAGAGAAAUUGUGGUAAAUUAUUAAAUGAAUGAGUAAGUUAGAUAAUAAAGGAACAAAAAAUAGUAAGAGUCACUCAAGAAGUUCUAUUGCAAGUAAUUAAGCAAAUUUAAAUGCAGAAUUAUAAAGUAAAGAACAGGAUAGUAAAAGAAAUGAAAAAUAAUCAUCAAGUUAUAAAUAACCAACUAAAGAGCAUAUUAAAUUUAAUGAAUAUUCAAAUUAGAAUGAAAAAAUUCUCAAAGCUGCAAUUAAAAUUUAAAGUAGAUAUCGAGGAUAUUAAAUUAGAAAAAAAAAUAGAUUAAAAUCUAUGAAUAAAAUAUUGAAAAAUCCAAAUACAGGGGCCAAUAAAAAUUAUUUGAAAGAGAAUUUUGAAAUAAUCAACAUUCCAUCUAAAAUAAAUGAUGAAUCAUUGGAAAUUAGAGGUCCCUAUUAAUUCAAGAGUGGAGCAAUUUAUUAAGGUUAAUGGAGAGGUAACUGUAGAGAAGGAAUAGGGACUUAAGUUUGGACUGAUGGAGCAAAAUAUGUAGGAGAAUGGAAAAAUAAUAGAGCAUGUGGGAAAGGAAUAUUUUAUCAUGUAGAUGGUGACAGAUUUGAAGGGGAAUGGGAUCAAGAUAAAGCUAAUGGAAAAGGAGUAUAUAAACAUUCUAAUGGUUCAAGAUAUGAGGGAGAAUGGAGAGAUGAUUAUUAACAUGGAUAUGGUUAAGAAGUUUGGAAUGAUGGAUCUAAGUAUAUAGGAGAAUAUUUUUAAGGAAAAAAAUAAGGAACAGGUAGAUAUUAAUGGCCAGAUGGUUCUUAAUUUGAUGGAGAAUGGUAGAAUAAUAAAAUAAAUGGUUAAGGAAGUUAUUGCUGGUCUGAUGGUAGAGGUUAUGUUGGUUAAUGGAGAAAUAAUUGUAUGCAUGGUUAUGGAGUUUAUAUUUGGAAGGAUGGUAGAAAAUAUGAAGGAGAAUAUAAAAAUGAUAAAAAAGAUGGACAUGGAAUUUAUUGGUGGGCUGAUGGUAGGAAAUAUGAUGGGAUGUGGAAAGAUGGUAAAUAGGAUGGAGAAGGAGUGUUUAUUUUUAAUGAUAACACAAGAAAGAGAGGAAUAUGGAAGGAAGGGAAGAGAAUAAAGUGGGUGGAGGAUGAGACAUGA